GAUGGGAUAGGGAAAGCCGCGAUUCGAACCGUCCCACUGGUUUUCUCCUAUCCGUUAAUUUGAUUCUCGUCUCAUCCUGCGGAAUCCGAUGCCAUAUAAAAUCGGGGCGGUCUUCUCGAUUUCGGCAUCAAAACUUCCAGGUUAGCAACGGAUUAGGGAUCUGUUUGGAGGAUCGACUCCUUCUAAGGUGAAGGUGAAGAAGAAGAAGAGGAGGGAUCAUGAUACUGGUGGCGGUCGUAGCGGAGCUGCUCGAGGAGUACACGGCGCUGGUGGCGCGGGUGCUGGAGCAGUUGGUUCAAGGAGCCCCCUUUCCCCGUCGUGUCCGCUUCCACAUCCUCCGAAGCCUCCCAUUCGCCUCGCCCCCGCCGCCGCCCCCGCCGCCUGUGGCAACAGGUUGAUGCUGUCCGGAGAGUUUCAGUCGCUAGUCCCCUCAAGAUCCAGAGUUAUUUAGUCUUUUGUUAUGUUUCUUAUUGCACUAUCUGGACUUGUAUUAAUUUACCUUAUGGAUAUUGUCGAUGAGUUUUAUUUGGAUUUGUUUUGCUAUAUGCCUGCUUAGAUGGCAGAAGAGGUAAGUUCUUUGUGAUUUGUGUUUUAUGAGUGUAGUUGAAUAGGAUAUCGGUUUUGUGCUUUAUGAGUGUAGUUGAGUAUGGUUGUUUUUGAGUCUUCUUAUCACUGUUCUACUUUGUUAAUUAUUAACUACGUGGGUGAUUGCAUUA